CUCGUCCCGCCCCGCUCCCCUUUGUGCAGCAGCCCCGCUCUGCGCACACGCUGCCCGCUCCGCUUCGUUCCCACCCGGCACCGCCCGGAGCACCGGGCCGUGAUAGCCCAGCCCGGUCCUGCCCGGCCCGACGCUGCCGCCCGGUCCAGCCCGGAGAGCUCAGCAGCCAUGGAGGCAGUGCUCAUCUUCCUGUGCUCCCUGCUGGUGCCGGCGGCCAUGGCAGAUGUGGCCACCCAAGAGAAGGAGGAGGACCCGUUUAACUAUGAUUACCAGAGCCUGAGGAUCGGGGGGCUGGUGUUUGCCGUGGUCCUGUUCACUGUGGGCAUUCUCCUUAUACUCAGCAGGAGAUGCAGGUGCAGUUUCAACCAGAAGCCCAGAGCUCCAGGGGACGAAGAGGCUCAGGCUGAGAACCUGAUCACCUCAAACGCAACGGGAGCACCGAAGGCGGACAACUGAGCAGAGCCAUGCGACCCAGAGACCCGAGCACAGAUGCUUGGACUGCAGAUGCCAGUGGCCUGCGAGGAAACUGAAACCACAGCAGCAGGUCCCUCUAAGGAGAUGCGAAGCUGCUGUGUCUGUGUUACCCUCUGUACUUCAGCACCGGUUCUCUGUUUACUAACCCUACUAAACUCACCGUCCUCUCUGCCUCCAGUGGUGUGUAAUGUUGAUGUGAGAUGAUCAUGACCUCUAGGGCUAGUCGUUGCUGAUGUUGUAAUAGUGACUUUCUCUUCACCUUUCUCGUGCUGUGCGUGUGGCUCGGGCCGUGUAGGACUGGCAGGCGCUGCCCAAGGGGAGCCCUGUGUCCCCCUGCCCAUAGCUGGGGGUGCUCGGUGCAGCCCGCACGGUGCUGUCUGUGCCAGGCAGCACUCGGGGUUCACCCCGCUGGCUUUGGGCAGGGCUUGGGGACCAGUCCCGCAGUGGGUCAGGGUCCUGCCCAGCGAGGCUCUGGACCACGUGCUGCUGUUUCAGCAAUAACCCUCCGGCCCCAAGGCAGCCGCAGUGGAGUCAGGCAGGGACAUCCCACAGCUCCCCUGGGCUCUCCCUGAAGGGAGCUCCCCUGUCUCUGCUUGGCACUCCUCGUUUCUGUCCCCAGCUGAAGCCAAGCCGUCAGUGUGGGACACUGCUCUAAGUGUGAGGAAGCGCUGUGGUGGCAGAGAAGCCCAUGGCGUCCCCCCGCCAGCACGGUGACACUGUGAAAGAGGGCGGCUGCUCAGCGGUGACCCUGCUACCAGCACAACCCAGCUCCUUGCCAGCGCUCUGCCUGUCCACCCGACGGAGCUGGGCAGGUUAAACAGUCUCUGAGGGCUAAAGAGAAACACAGACUGAAAUCAGGAGCCUGCUCUUGUCUGUCUCCGGCAGGGAAGGGGCAGCGGUGCUUCCUCCAGGUGCUCCCUGCCCUUCCUGAUGCCUUGUCACUCUGUGUGCCAUGGCCCAGGACAUGGCCACCCGUGUCAGUGCUGCGUGUCGUCCUGUGGCAGUUAUGUGUUGUCAGCACUCUGAUGCCGACAGCCCCUUCUCCCCACGGAGCAAGCAUCAGUGGGCGAUGCUCAGGGGCUUUGCAUGCCUGAGGUUGCACAGUGGGGAUGGAGGGGCUGAGCCAUUGUCACCUUGUGUCUGCUUGAGGGUCCCAGCAGGCGAAUCUGUGUCAGGCCCCUUCCCCAAGCCCAUGGGCAUGGAAAUCACAGCCUCAGCUGUGGCUGGGCACUGCUGGCUUGGCUGUGGGUGCUUGCCAAGCAGGGGCGGCCUGGGUAUCAGUGCUUUCCAUGCGCCAGGAAGGGAUUCUUGGCUGCCAGGAUGGUUUUGAGAGGGGUUUCUGCUGUGCCCACCCCACUGCGGUGGCCCUGCCUGCAGGGUGGGCUGUCCCUUCCCUUGCUCCUGGCCAUUGCAGAGUCCUGCCUCUGUGCAGCCUCGGGCAGGGGAGAGCAGAGCCCGCGCAGCCCAGCCCUGUCAGCAGUGCCCGUGCUGUCUGUGGUGUGCCGUCGGUGUUAACACGGAACAAAGCAAUCCCUGUGGUGUGUAGAAAUGGCAAAAUCCUGACUGUGUACAAUAAAUCGAGCUAUUGUGUUUCCUUUUAAA